AUGGAAGACUCUAAAUGUGCUGCAUUGAUGCGCGACUGGAGGGCUUACUUACGAGGUGAAAAUGGAGAUAUAUUUGAGAUCAUCAAGAGAGCGAUCAUAGUGGCGGCUUCUGAUCAACCAACGGAGUUCCAAAGUAGAAGACACAAGAUUGCUGAGAUUCUCUUCUCCGAUGAGUUGAUCAAGCACUACGAAUGUGAUAAGUAUCAGAAACAGAGCCCAAAGGUAACUCAUGAAAUGGAAGAUGAAACAAAACUAGUUUCAGAGGUGUUAAGCAGCUCUGUUCUGUGUAAGGAAGAAGUCUGGGAACGGAACAACAGCCAUGGAAAGCCACAGAUGGAGAAGCAAAUCGCACCCACCUGCAAACAGCAACGGACGAUGGCGAAGUGGAAUACAGAAACGAAGUUCCAAAUUCAAAAGGGUUUAGUGACUUCUGAAGAAAAAUUAGUUGACGAUCUUGGGGAUAAUGAGGGAGUUGCUGAGGUGUUGAAGAUCAAGAAGAUUCUUGACAAGAGCGGAGAUGAAUCUCAAUCUGAGUUGGUAGUGUGUGAGUUAUUAAAGAUGCUUCAGUCCAUGGAGUUAUCCAUGAAAACUCUGAAGGCAACGAUGAUCGGGAGAACCGUCAGUGCUCUUAAAAAGCAUUCAUCAGAGAAAGUUUGCCGGAUUGCAGCGACACUCAUGAAAUCAUGGAAACGCAAAGUGGAUGAAUGGCUCAAGAAAGAAUCAAACGAUGUCAAACUAACGUCAUCCCAGCAAGUAAAGCCAACGAAUCUGAAUAUGAAUACGGAGAGGAAGUUGGAAGAUUCAAAAAAAGUUUCAAAGAUUGGAAAUGGCGGAGUAAUGGAUUUGUUGGAGAGACUGGAAGCAGCAAAUAGAAAACUGCAAGAAGGGUUUGAGAUAGUAGAAAACAUGCACAAGAAGCGACGAAUACAAAUGACAAGGUCCAUGAACACAAUAAAAGAAAGCUCUAUGGGCGGUGCUUACUGUUUUCCACAGUUGUUGAAUUAA